CCAGGCCCGUUCCCUUUGCUAGCAAGCAUGGAGUUUGCGGAGCUGAUCAAGACCCCUCGAGCGGACAACGUCGUCCUGCACCGCCCUUUCUACCUGGCAGUGGAGGGGACUCUGUGUUUGACUGGCCAUCAUCUCAUUUUUUCUUCACGGCGUCAAGAUAAUGCUGAGGAGCUGUGGCUGCUGCACUCCAACAUUGAUUCUAUUGAGAAAAGGUUUGUGGGCUCAUUAGGUACCAUCAUUAUAAAAUGCAAAGAUCUGCGAAUUAUUCAGCUGGAUAUACCUGGAAUGGAGGAGUGCUUGAACAUUGCUAGUUCUAUUGAGGCACUUUCCACUUUGGAUUCUGUCACUCUCAUGUAUCCCUUCUUCUACCGGCCCAUGUUUGAAAUCAUUGAAGAUGGCUGGCGCUCUUUUCUGCCUGAUCAAGAGUUUGAGCUCCUCAGUUCAGUGACAGAUGAAUGGCGUCUCAGCUGCAUCAAUAAGGAAUUCUCUGUCUGUCCCUCCUACCCUCCAGUUGUCAUUGUCCCCAAAUCCAUCGAUGAUGAAGCACUUCGGAAAGUUGCCAUGUUUCGCCAUGGCAGUCGCUUCCCAGUCCUCAGCUAUUAUCAUAAGAAGAACGGGAUGGUGAUGAUGCGAAGUAGCCAGCCUCUUACAGGUACGAAUGGGAGACGAUGUAAAGAAGAUGAGAAGCUCAUUAAUGCCACGCUACGGCCUGGCAAGCGUGGCUACAUCAUUGAUACGAGGUCCUUGAACGUUGCCCAGCAGGCCAGGGCCAAAGGAGGGGGCUUUGAACAAGAAGCGCACUAUCCCCAGUGGAGGAGGAUUCACAAAUGUAUCGAGAG